GAGCAGGAUAUUGAUAUUACAACUCAACUACGUUAUGAAGAAUUAAAAGAAGAAGUGAGGAGGAUUCUUGUGGCGCCCAUGGAUACUUCAAUCCAAAAGUUGCCCCUAAUCGAUGCAGUCCAAAGAUUGGGUGUGAAUUACCACUUUGAAAAAGAGAUUGAAGAUGCAUUAGAGGCUAUAUACCAUGACAACAAUGAAGCUGACAAUGAUCUCCGUACUACUACUCUUCGAUUUCGAUUACAUAAAGAACACGGCUUUGAUGUUCCAUGUGAGGUAUUCUACAAAUUCAAAGAUGAGGAACGGAAUUUCAAGUCAUCUCUGACGAAUGAUGUGCAAGGACUAUUGGAACUUUACGAAGCUUCCUGUAUGCGUGUGCAUGGGGAAGAUAUAUUGGAUGAGGCUAUUUCUUUCACCACCACUCACCUAACUGUUGCAGCUGCAACUUUAGACUAUCCUCUGUCAGAACAGGUUACUCAUGCCUUAAACCAGUCGAUCCGAAGAGGCUUGCCAAUCGAGGCUAGGUGAUACAUUUCCAUAUACCAGGAUAUUGAAUCCCACAGUAAGGCAUUGUUGGAGUUUGCAAAGAUAGAUUUCAAUUUGUUACAGCUUUUUCACAGGAAAGAGCUAAGUGAGAUUUGCAGGUGGUGGAAGGAUUUAGACUUUACAAGCAAACUACCAUUUGCAAGAGAUAGGGUAGUUGAAGGUUAUUUUUGGAUCGUGGGAGUGUACUUUGAGCCUCAAUAUUCUCUUGGUAGAAAGAUAAUGACAAAAGUAAUAGCCAUGGCAUCCAUCGAAGAUGACACAUAUGAUUCAUAUGCAACCUAUGAUUAACUCAUUCCCUAUACGGAUGCAAUUGAAAUGUUAGACUUGUUCAACUAUUGUAAAUUAACAUUCAUUUUCUAAAGCGUGCAUAAGAUCAAUUAUCGAAUUAAUACUAAAAUUAGCUAUGAAA